CCUUCUCCUCUCUGUCUGACUCCUUACCUCGACCGUUCCCUUCACGUCUCUGCGGUUGGAGGAAGGAUGCUGCCCCGCAGACUCCUGGGUCUGCUGGGUCUCCUCGUGCUCUGCAAAGGCCAGGAAGAGAGCGGGGCGGGCGAGUCCUGCGAUAACUUCACGGACCUCAACCUGUCCCACUGCUUCAUUGGAACCAGCCUGUACGUCCGGCUGCUGCUCUACACCCGCUCCAACCUCGACUGCGGCCGCGAGCUCAACCACCACCUCCUGUCCUCCCAGCCGCUCUUCAACCUCUCUCUCCCCACCGCCUUCGUCAUCCACGGCUACCGGCCCACCGGAGCGCCCCCCAUCUGGAUAGACCACCUGGUCCACCUGCUGGCCGAGCAGGAGGACAUGAACGUCAUCGUGGUGGACUGGAACAAGGGCGCGGCCAACCUCAACUACUUCACCGCUGUGACGUACACGAGGGAGGCGGCUCUCAACCUGACCGGCUUCAUCGUGACGAUGCAGGAGGAAGGAGCCCCUCUGAGCUCAGUUCACCUCAUCGGCGUCAGCCUGGGAGCUCACCUGGCUGGAUUUGUAGGAGCGAACCUGAAGGGGAAGAUCGGACGGAUCACAGGUCUGGACCCGGCAGGGCCGAUGUUCACCAGUGCCACACCAGAGGAGAGGCUGGACCCGGCAGACGCCAUGUUUGUGGACGUACUUCACACCGACAUGAACUCAUUUGGGCUGAGAGGAGCUCACGGUCACAUCGACUUCUACGCCAACGGCGGAGCCGAUCAACCCGGCUGUCCUAAAACCAUCUUCGCAGGUAAAUCGUACUUUGUGUGUGACCACCAGCGCUCUGUGUUCCUCUACCUGUGCGCCCUGAACCGGACCUGCAGCCUCACGGGUUACCCCUGCUCGUCCUACAGCGACUUCCUGGAGGGGCGGUGUCUGCAGUGCGAGGCCUUUAAACCGGCUCCCUGUCCCGUGCUCGGUUACGACAUCAGCAGGUGGAGAGAGACUCUGCUGCAUCUCAGACAGACCAAAGUCUUCUUCAGCACCACGGCCACGCUGCCCUACAGGAAGCUGAGCUACAGAGUGGACAUGGUGACCUGGAACCAGUACCUCCGCUGGGGGGUCGUCUAUAUCCGGCUGCACAGUGGCAGAAACUUCACAGAGGCCCGAAUAGACCAUAAGCUCCUCCGGUUCGAGCAGUACACCUCCACGCGGCUGCUGGCCCAGUUCGACGACGAUCUGCAGCAAGUCCAGAAGAUCUCUGUACGCAUCAACACCGGCAACGUGAUCGGCCCUCGUUACAAAAUCAGACUGCUGCGGAUACGCUUCACGCCGCUGGAACGUCCCGAGAGACCUUUAAUGUGCCGCUUUGACAUCAUCAUGGAGGAAAACAUGGAGGUGGCGUUUCGACCUUUACCCUGCGACUCUCGCCUCUGAAUCUCCAGACACUACGUGGUCUCCUGAUCCCGGGUGGACGUCCAACAGGAAGAGUCCCCCUGUUGGUUGAAGCCUCGUCUCUAAAGGAUACGAGUGACUCAUGUUAAACUGUGCGAGGAGAUCUGUAACAGGAUUAUGGGAGACUCUAUCAUGAUCUCUCGAUACACGAGUGACUCCCCGGCUUCAGUGUUCACCGUCUGAUUUCAUUCAUUGAUUCAGUUUCACUAUUCAGAUUUUCCACGUCAUAACUGACAUACGAGCGCUCACCGUGUUCCUGCCGUUAAAAUACUACAUCACCAAUACUACAAGUUUGGGACAGCAGUGAUACAGACUUUGUUUGGAUCCAUUUUUUAAACGUAUAUUUACAUCAGAUUUAAAAGCUGCAUUUUUUAAAUAUUUAUUUUCAAUAUCCAAAAAGAAAGAUCCAGAAUUCAUGUGGAUUUUUUUUCAAACUGCUCAUUGAAAAAGAAGAAAUAUUUACACGUUUUUUAAUUUUACUGAAACAAAACAUUCAGCAGGCACCUUGAGGCGGAGUAAUAAUUAAAUAUAUUAUCAUUUGUGGCCUGAUUAAGGUUGGUGUUUUAAACUCUCUCUCUGUCAAACAGUGCCUAAAGAAACCUCGAGGCUCUCUUAAGGAUUUACAGCAUUUCAACCCGUCAUUACGAUAACAAACUGGGUCACGUACGUGAUCACAAAGAUCACUAAAAAUGCAGCUUCGUUUCUCCGCGUGCCUUCGUACCAGCAGUUCUUAACCGUUCUGGUUUGCGACCCUCCUCAACCAAAGUGAAGUGUUACCGCCUCCGGAUGUUUCACGCUGUAAAUAAACUGCGAGAGAAGUCGUCCCAUCACCCAGUGGGACGAGCUGCUACCUCAACAGUGACGCUGCUAUGACGUUUGAUCACAACACAUAACCAGUUAUAAGCUUUUCACUACAGUAGUUUUGUUUUAAUGUGAUGUUGUAAAAACAAACGUAGGUAAUGACGUGCUAAGAGGUUUUACUUUAGUCAGUAUUAAAGUGUUUUUAGGGUCAGUAAAUGUGUCACAUUGUGUUUGUUGACAUAACCGAGCAGCCGAGAUGUCUUCUGAUGUAAAACUGUGUAACUGUCUUUUUUUAUUAUGUAUUUUCACCCAUGGUUUGAAAUAAAUAUUCAU